AAUUGGAAAAUACAAGAAGUUUUGGAUUUUUUCCCGAUUCUUUUUUUGGAGGGGGAAAUUGCAUCGUAAGCUUUUGGAGAAACCCAACAUGUCAACUACCUUUCCGGGACUAGUCCACGAUGCCGAGAUACGUCACGACGGAUCAAACAGCUAUCGUUUGAUGCAGCUUGGCUGUCUGGAGUCCGUAGCCAAUUCCACUGUCGCCUAUUCCUCCUCCUCUCCUUUAACUUACUCCACCACCGGCACAGAGUUUGCAUCCCCUUACUUCUCCACUAACCACCAGUACACCCCGCUCCACCACCAGUCCUUCCAUUACGAGUUCCAGCACAGCCACCCGGCGGUCACCCCCGACGCCUACUCUCUGAACUCGCUUCACCAUUCGCAACAGUACUACCAGCAGAUUCACCACGGGGAGCCCACCGACUUUAUUAACCUGCACAAUGCGCGGGCGCUCAAGUCCUCCUGCCUGGAUGAGCAGAGGCGGGAGCUGGGCUGCCUCGAUGCCUACCGCCGCCACGACCUGUCCCUCAUGAGCCAUGGCUCUCAGUACGGAAUGCACCCAGAUCAAAGACUCCUGCCAGGGCCCAGCCUGGGGCUGGCCGCCGCGGGAGCCGACGACCUGCAGGGUUCUGUGGAAGCACAGUGUGGGAUUGUCCUCAACGGCCAAGGGGGAGUAAUAAGAAGAGGUGGCACCUGUGUGGUCAACCCCACAGACUUGUUUUGCUCUGUUCCUGGUCGUUUGUCCCUUCUCAGUUCUACUUCCAAAUACAAGGUGACCAUUGCUGAGGUAAAGAGGCGUCUCUCACCACCUGAGUGCCUCAAUGCUUCACUCCUGGGAGGCAUUUUGAGGAGAGCAAAAUCCAAGAAUGGGGGCCGUUGUCUGAGAGAAAAACUGGAUCGACUUGGCUUAAACCUGCCGGCUGGAAGACGGAAAGCAGCCAACGUCACUCUCCUCACCUCCUUGGUGGAAGGAGAGGCUUUGCACUUGGCUCGGGAUUUUGGCUACACAUGUGAAACAGAGUUUCCAGCCAAAGCUGUGGGAGAACAUCUUGCCAGACAACAUAUGGAACAGAAAGAACAGACAGCACGGAAAAAGAUGAUCUUAGCGACCAAACAAAUUUGUAAAGAAUUCCAAGACCUUCUGAGCCAAGAUAGAUCACCACUGGGAUCCUCCAGACCCACUCCAAUUCUAGACCUUGACAUCCAGAGACACUUAACACAUUUCAGUUUGAUCACUCACGGCUUUGGGACACCAGCAAUAUGUGCAGCUCUGAGCACUUUCCAGACAGUCCUCAGUGAGAUGCUGAACUACUUGGAAAAACAUACUACCCACAAAAAUGGUGGAGCAGCAGACUCUGGCCAAGGACAUGCCAAUUCUGAGAAAGCCCCGCUGCGGAAAACCUCAGAGGCUGCUGUGAAAGAGGGUAAAACAGAAAAGACAGACUAGCUACAUCAAACAGAAUCUACUUCCAGAGUCUUGCUGCUGAUAUUUUUUUCUAAUAUAUAUAUCUCUGAGGGUGACUAAUCUUCAAUGGACCAAAUCUUUACCCUCCCCCAGCCCUCCAUAAAGUAAAAACAAAAGUGGAAAUGAAAAAAAAAAUGAAACAAAAAGGACAAAUCCAAAAAAAAAAGAAAAAAAAGAAAAACAGCAGUAUAACUGUGAUGAAAUUGUCACUUUUUAAUUUUAUGUUAUGAUAAGCUCCUUUUGUGCACGUAGUUUACUGUUCUGAAUUAUGUAUGCCACAGUUUUGAAGCACUUCUGGACUUUGGAGAGGCAGCACAUGAUUUUUCACAUGUAACUGAUGCACUUUCUUAUCCAGCUAUGUAGUUAGGGAUCAGAAAGCAUGACCAAACUGGAGUCUGCCACCAAUGCUGAAAACUCCAUUUGUUCCCAUCUUAACUCCCUGUCACUCAAGAGUGCCUCUUUCCAUUAAACAGACCAAUCUGGAAAUUCAUCCAUUAAUAAAUUGUUUGGGGAAUUGACAUGGGCAGUGAUGAACUUUUGUCCUGUGAACUGACAGCAGUUCUAAAUUUUGGUCACCCCUAGCAAACUGAACUACCAGUGCCUUGGUGGUAUUUACAAAUUCCAGAAACUGUCUCCCUUUUGUCUACUAUGUUCCUUUCCCUUAUAGGUCCCCUCCCCAUUGCUAAGAAGAUAUUCAGAAGUCUUAUAUAGCAUAGUAGGGAUAAGAGAUGAUCUCUUCUCAUAGUCUCCUCACAUCACCAACUUUACAGUUCAAGGAAACAGUGCAUUUAGUGAGUGGGGUAUAUGGAUACAGGAGAGGGUAGGCUCUGCCACGGGGGCUGCUCAUGGAACGCAUGAUAAUGUUUUGCUUGGAAAAGUAUGAGAAUAGGAGAAGCAGUCUUUCCGAGAAGUCCUGCUUGCAAACAUAGGAGAUGAGGACCCUCUGAAGUACUGGUGACAGUGAUCGU